GCCAGAACCAGCACCAGCGGCCAAGGUGGACAACCCGUAUAUACAGGCGGAGCUCAGAAAGCUGCGCGCGGCGAAAUUCCGACAGGGCCCGAGGACAUGCGCGCAUGAUCGAGGAUUACGCUAAGCGAAUUGAAGCACUGAUGCUUGAGGGCCAGGAGUGGUCGUCCAAGGAGCUGCGGUUGUCGAAUACGGUCAAGAAGCUCCGGGUCGACAGCAAGGGCUACGAAAAGACUGCGCACCUGGUUCAGCGCAAGCUCGAUGUGUCUGUGGCCAAGAACGAUGAGCUGAAUGAAAAGCUGAGGCAAGCGACCCAGUCCGACCGCGCAAUCGCAGCCAGGGUACGCAGCGAAAUGGACAAGCCCACCACAGAAGGAGAAGGAGCUUGUCGCUCAGAUUUCUCAACUCAAAAUGGCAUCGGAAAGUACGCAGGAGCGGCUACAAGCACAGGUCAGGGAGCUGCAGCAGCAGAUGAUGGUGUUGAGGAGGAGGCCCGCGACCGCGAAGUCUCUUCUCUGACAAAAAUUCGAUCACUCCAGGCGCGGGUGUGCAGCGCCGAUAUACAGAAUAGCGAUGUGGCGGCAGUAAUCCAGGAGCACACGAGGCCGCUGCUGAUGCAAAUAGAGGAGGUGCUGAUGCGCCAGACCGAGCAGCGGCGCGAGUGGUCGCGCAAGGAGGAGCAACUGGCGAUAGAAGCGCGAGACGCAACAAAGGAGGCCUUGAACCUCGAGCAGCAGCUCCUGACCGCACCUCUGCACUUGAAGCCAUCCGCGGCCAAGCAGCGGUAGAGACCAAGCGGCGCGAGGACAUACAGACCGAGGCGUCUCGGCUCAAAGAGCAGCUACGCGCAGAGACCAGAGCCCGCGCUGACUUGAAGCA